GGCACUGCUGACUGGCAAACCCAGUGUCCCUGGGCCUUUCCAGUUUUCCUGGCAGGUUGAUUUCACGGCAACAUGUCCUCCGCGCCUAUGAAAGAGUGCCUGCAGCUUCAGCUGCUGGAGAUGGAAAUGCUGUUUUCUAUGUUUCCUAACCAAGGAGAAGUAAAACUUGAAGAUGUAAAUGCCCUGACGAAUAUAAAGAGGUAUUUGGAAGGCACAAGGGAGGCGCUGCCACCAAAAAUGGAAUUUGUGAUUACACUCCAGAUUGAGGAGCCCAAGGUGAAAAUUGAUUUGCAAGUAACCAUGCCUCACAGCUACCCCUACGUAGCAUUGCAGCUGUUUGGACGGUCAUCUGAGCUUGACAGACAACAGCAGCUACUUCUCAACAAAGGUCUCUCUUCUUAUAUAGGGACUUUUGAUCCAGGUGAGCUCUGUGUAUGUGCAGCAAUCCAGUGGUUACAGGACAACAGUGCCACCUAUUUCCUGAACAGAAAGCUUGUUUACGAACCAUCUACACAACCAAAGCCAGUCAAGAACACAUUUCUCCGAAUGUGGAUCUACAGCCACCAUAUAUAUCAGCAGGACCUAAGGAAAAAGAUUUUGGAUGUUGGGAAAAGGUUGGAUGUGACUGGAUUUUGUAUGACCGGAAAGCCUGGUAUCAUUUGUGUGGAGGGCUUCAAAGAGCACUGUGAGGAAUUCUGGCACACAAUUAGGUACCCUAAUUGGAAACACAUUUCCUGUAAGCAUGCUGAAAGUAUUGAAACAGAAGGGAAUGGGGAGGAUCUGCGUCUUUUCCAUUCUUUUGAAGAAUUACUUCUUGAGGCCCAUGGUGACUAUGGGUUAAGAAAUGACUAUCACAUGAAUCUGGGCCAGUUUUUAGAAUUUCUAAAAAAACACAAAAGUGAGCAUGUUUUCCAGAUAUUAUUUGGCAUUGAAAGCAAAAGUUCAGAUUCCUAGGAAACUAUUAAAAGGCCUAUCCUUGUAAUUUCACCAAGUCAGUAUUUCUGUUAAACAAAAAUAAAAAGGCCGGUGGCUAUUUAGUAUUCCUGUGAGAAACCCAGCUCCAGAAUUUUUACAUAGGCCUUUGAACUUUGUAACAGUGCAGUCGUGAUGUUCUCUCUCUGUUCUUGUGUUAACUGAAAACUAUUUAAUUGUAACAAUAAAAAGCAGUCAAUGCAACUGGGGAAGCUGAUUUGAUUAAGGAGGAGUCCAAAGCCCAUAGUUAAUGCCAACAAUCCAACGGCAGCUCUGAAUUCAUGACCAGGAAUAACAUCUCUCCCUUCCAUGAUGCUUGCAUACAGCUGACACACCACAUUUUAUUUCUUCCAUUGGAGAUGAAUUCUAAAUCAAGUUUAAAAUGAGAACAGAGAACAUGUUUACUACAUUUCUUACUUAUGUUAAACUCUCCAUUUUGAGGUUUUCUUUUUCUCAGUAAAACCAGACCCAAUCUGUAAUGGCAGAGGAAUCAGAGGUCUCCAACAGUAAUGAAGACGCCACAUGUUCUUUGGCUGUUUACAUCAGUUGAUUAAUGAUACUAAGACUAAUGACACCAAUGUUCUUAGUUCAGUUCUUAUCCACAAAAAAAAGAUGGUAUCUCGUCUACGAAGUCUUCCACAUAUACUGCAUACUGGCAAUGUUUGCCCAGGUGCCAGCGUGAGAGUGGAGAGAGGACCAGUGUGGGUGCCUCUGGACCACCACCUUACUGGGGGAAAAAACAUCAAGCUCUACAUUUUGGUGGUAAGUCAUUGUUAUCUCUUCUGAAAACCUGAAGUGCCACAGGCUUCAGCAAGCUUUUUCAAAAUGAGAGUUUAUUUUAAUGAUAAUCCCUAGUAAAGUGGUCCUUGCCAAAAACCUUUUCGUUACCAAGUAUCUGCCCCUGCUCAAGAAUUUGAGUCUCCUCUCUGUCGAGGGGUGUCCUGAGCCCCCUCUGCACUUUCUCUAGUUUCCAUGGUCUCUGCGUACUACUGCCCUUUCUCAGGGAGCAUUUCAUUCUCCUGCUGGGUGCCAGGCACCCCACUGAUGUCCUGGUCCCCUCAGGAUGCCAAAGUUGGAUGCUGAGAUUUACUAACUUGGAGUGGAACUCCUCAGUGCCCAUAUCGUGGUACACUAUCAGAUGCCAAUCACUGUUGCACGUGCUUACAGAAUUGUUUUUAUGAAUCGUUCAUGCUGGGUUUACGCUGGGUCUAAGAUGUAGAUACAUGUCCUGGGGCUUGGGCGAGGACAAAGGGAAUAGCAGACUGACUCUUGUGAUCUUGAAGCCUCAGAACUGGGUCCUGUGCGUCAAGUUCCAAGGCUUCUGUUCUGCCUAUGCUCCUAGCUCAGAAUGAGUUUCCUUUCAGAGUACAGCUCAGAGACCCUGCCAUGGGCCUGCCUUGCCAGAUCACUCAGCCUGCGCUUCCUAGCCUUGGAUGUCGCUGGUUCUCAAGCCAGAGCGUCGCAUUACACUCUUUUGUCCAAUAUAAAAAAAGGGGAGAAGUAAGACUUCCGUGGACUGAAAACAACUUCAUAUAGAAGUCAAUUUCCCACAUAAUCUCCCUCAAACCAUCUAAGUGUAAUUAGCAUUCAUAAGCUUUUUGGCUCUAAACAGAUGUAACUCCACUAAUUUUCUUCCUUUGAAAUGAGACAAUUACAUGUGCCAAGCACCUAUGUGCCUAAUCUACUCACAGUUUUUUCUGAUUAAAUUUGCAAAAGUAGUGACAGAAAAACUUAAAGAACUGAAAUAUGGAACAAAAAAUAGAUUGCUUACAUAUCAAAUGAAGGGAAUAAAUUGUAGCUUAUGCAAUCUUGUUUGCCUCGGUAGCUAUUUCUGGUGAUAAUUUUUCAGUACCUACUUUUAUGUGACCAGCGUGAGCAUGUAGCAAUACUUUAUUCUUAUCAGCAGCACUAACAAUAGACAUUAAUUAUCAGAGAAGUGUACAUUUUAUAGAAAAAAUACAAAUAUAAUUCAAAACUCAGCUGUGUCUGUAAACUGCUGGUUUUGUCUGUUCAGUCUGAAAAAAAGCACAUAGCACUCCACACACACAGACUUUGGGGAACUGCCCCUUCUCUAUAUGGUCUGGGAGAAGUGAUUAAAAUUAAAUCGCCCACUGGCAGCCUCCCGUAAAGAUAAUUUUGAUCUCUUGCUUCUUAAAUCCGUAGUGCCACCUUCGUUCCCGGCCUACUGAAUGCUUGGUUGCUCAACACC